AUGUUAUAGAUGAUAAAAGAAGAAGCAAAAUAAAUAAACUCAAAUACGCUUUCUUUUAUUCAGUAAAGAAAUCAAGAUUAAAGCUAUUUUGGUUAAUAGCAAAACAUAGACAUAGGUCCAUGGAACUCUUAAACAGAGAAUUUUAAUUAAAUAUUAGAUAUUGAACUAUCUUUGAGUAAAUAUAAUUAGGGAUUUUACUAAAAAAAUGGAAUUAAAAGUAAGAAAAGGGUUGCAAAAAAAAAUAAUAAAAGAAGCUUAAGCUAAAUGGAAAAUUAAGAAUAUAAAAGAGUUUAAGAUCUAAUAAAAGAUGAAGUUUAAAGAUAAGAAAGCAACAUUAUUAAAACAUAAGAGAAUACAAAUUAAAAAUAGUUAUUAACGCAUAAAUUAGAUUAUGAAAUAGGAUUAUAACCUUUAUAAAGAGGGGUUAAUGCAAACUAGAAUUUAGAAGAUUAAAAGACAUAAAACAAAGAAUAGGUAAAAUUAGAUAUAAAAUAUAGCUUUUUAAAGCCAAUUACUGAUAAAUACUUAAACUAUGGCAGAAGGAGAAGUACUAAAUUAGUCUAUUAAAAGCCUUAUACUUAAGAAGAAGAAAUAUGUCAAAUACAUACUGAACCUUCUUAAUAAUUAUUUAAAAGCAUAUAAUUUAAAAAUGAAAAAUUAUUUUAAUCAUAAAUUACAUAAAAUAUUCUUGAUCUAAAAAAUUCUUAAGACUCUAUAAAAUUCAAAUAGCUAUAAAAAAUUAGAUAUUUUACGCCUAGUUAAGAAAACACUAAUUUUCCAAAUAAUUAUUUAUAGUUAAAUAAUAAUGAAAAUUAAAGACUCAAAACAGUAAACUGUAAUUACAAUUUCAGGACAAAUAGCUAAAGAAGAAAGCAAUCUCUGUAAACACAAACAAUAGAAAAUGGAUAUAGUCUUUGCAUUACUUAGGAAAAUCAAAAAAAUCAUAGCUUGUCUUCAUUAUCUUUAAGUGAUAGUUCAAAAAAUUAAGACAUAUUAAUCACAGCCGCAGAUGUUUCGAUUUGUUAAAAUCAGAAAGAUCAUUUAAAAGAAUAAUUGAUAAAGCAAACGCAAGAUAAUAUCUAGCUUUUAUAAUCAACGCCUACAAAAAUAGGUAAUCUAUUUUAAGUUAGCUCCAAAUAUAAUAAAUACAAAAAAAUAGAUUAAAAGCAAAAUGAUCAUGUUAAAUAUAAUUUAGAUAAUCAAAAAUAUAACAUUCAUGAAAUUAAUUAAGAUUUCUGUAACAAGCGCUAUAGCUAAAAUUAAAAAAUAGUUUUAAAUAACUUUAAUAAAAAAAAUGAAAUUUAAUAAUAGCAGAGUUAAAAACCUCCUCAAUCUGUUCUUAUAAGUGUAAAAGAAUAAAAUUAAAAUUGGAAGUAAGAAGAUAUAGACUCUGAGAAUAUAAUUAAAGUCUCUCGCAAUUAAUAUUAAAAUAUUAAUAAUAAAAAUAAUAUAUUAAAUUAAUAAUAAACAUAAUAAAAUGAAAAAAGAAUAAUAUUAAGAGACAUGGUAAUUGCUACUAAUAUCUAGACUAAGAAUAUUAAUAGAUUUUCUAAAAAUGUGAGAGAGGAUUUCGAAAAAGAUUAAAUAAGUUUUUAAUAAAAUUAGGAUACAAAUAUUUAAUAAAAAAAAGGUAUUUAACCUUGCUUCGUUGACUUGAGCUCAUAAAAAACAAAUAGCAUUUAAUAAUUUUCUAACUUUAAUUCCUUAUAAAAUUAGUUGUAAUAGACAAUUUAAAUUGCAAAAGAUAAAUGUGAUAAUAGAAAUAAUAAAGAAAAAUCAAUUGAUUUGGAAAAAUAAAUAUUUUAGACCGAAUUAAAUAAUUUUUAACUGUAUAAUAAUUAGCUUAAUCACAAGAGUUUAGAUCUAUCUGUAGCUUUAAAUAAGCAAGAAUAGGAUUAAAGAUAAAAUACAUGUUUAAUUUAUAGAAAAGCACCAUGUUCAAAAAAUUAACUAAAAUUUGAUUGUAAUAUUAGCUAGAGUCCUGUUUAACAUAAUAAUAAAAGAAAUUAAUAAUUGGAUUUAGAAUCUAAAAGCUUGCUUAGAAGUAGCUGUCAUGAUAUUUAUCAUAAAUAAUUUGGAGGUUAAUUUUCAAUCUAAAAUAAUAAAUCUAAAAGAAGUACUUCUACUCCUAAAUAAACUGAAAUGCUUUUUGAAUACAUUAAAAUUCAUAAAAAAGAAUAAAUAGACUUAAACAAUGAAAAAAUAAAAAAAUAGAAUGAGUCAAAUUAGCUUUAGCAAGCAAGAAAGAGCAUAAAUCCUUAAAUUGAUUUUAAUCAUUUACCUAAAAUAAAAUAUGAAAAUACUACAAUAAAUAAUUAAGAUUGA